AUGAUGUAUGAGGAUAUGGCUUCCAUGACUGAUGACGUUCAGCGACGCUGCUCGCUUCCCUCGUUGAGAUCAACCACCGCCGGUACUAUGACCGGCUCUGAUGUGGGUGACGACCGCCGUCUGCCCCCUCUUCCUCGGAUUGACCCAUUGCCCCGUGGGCCUUUCAAUCCAUUCCACAUCAAGGACUCAUUUGCCCCUACAACUCCUGGUGCUCAGGAACCAAUCCAAUUUAAGUCCCCUUGGACUGGUAGCGAGCACAUCACUGCUCCACCUUCUCCUGCCAAUUCUGCUGAGAGUUCUUGGCAAGAGACUUUUGCCGCCCAAAAGGCAGCUUCGGACGAUUGGCCUUCUAAUCUCUCCCAAGGCGAGAUUAUGGGUCUCAUUGCCCCGGAACAAAUCAACCGUAAGGCACCUCUGCAACAGCUCUGUGGGCGCAAGCGUAAGAGCAGCAAUACCUCUCCCGACCCAGAUGACCAGAGGGAGAAGCAUCGUAUUGCCGAGGGCAACCGCCGUAAGAACCUGAGCCAGCUCCACCGUGAGCUUGACAGCCGAAUUCACGAUUUCUUUCUUGAACGUGCCGGCUGGAAUCGAUCCAAGAGUCUUCCCCAGUCCAAGGAGCACAUUGUCCAGGGUGCUAUCUACUUGAUUGACUUCAUGCUUUUCAUCAUUGUCAACCUCAUUCGACAGGAACAAAUUUCUCCGCAGCUUUCGGAGCGGUUACAGCCUCAGUUCCGUGUGAUGCAGCUGCAGCAGCAAAUUCAAGCCCUUCAGCAGCAAGAGCAAGCUCAGCAACAGCAAAUACGUGCCCUGAAGGCAGAGAACGAGGCCCUCGCUGACCGCAACCGGGCCUUGGAGUCCCACCUAAAGUCCUUCGACACGAUGUUCCGAUCACCGAAGGCAGAGAACACUAGCCCUCGCCUCAUCGGGGAGGUUCCAGCGCAUAAGCGCCAAAAGAGGGCACUGCCUGGCCUCCGUGUCCUUUGUGACGAGAUUGGAGCCUAUAAUGCCUCGGAGCCACCAUUCCACCAUGACCCCCUCCCAAGUGCCACAUCCCAAACCUUCAGCACCUCAUACCUUACGACCACUCCUCCUGUCACAGGGCCUUCAUCGCCGGCUUUCCCUCCAUCCCACGCCUCAUCUUUCCACUUCCCCUCAUCACGCCGCCACUCUCUUCUGACCUCUCCAUGA